AUGGGUCUUUCUGGCUUCCACGAGCGUGCCCAACGCGAUUUCCAGAGCUUCAAGCAUGCGUUCACGAGCAGAAAAGCGUUUGUCAAGUUCAUCGAGACAAAGCCAACUGCUGGCAACAACACAGAGGCGAUCCGAAAUCAAUGGACGAAUGAAGACCUCGACAUCAGCCCUACAAAUCAUCAUACAUGGGGAUGGUACGACUACGCGGCGUUUUGGUUCUCCUACGGGUUCUCUCCCGGUCUGUGGUACCUUGGAGCGGCACUGCUUGCCAAUGGAUUGACUCCAGCUCAAGCACUUGGAUGCCUCUUUCUUGGCUUCUUCUUCGGAGCAGUUGGUAUCGUCAUGCACUCUCGCGCCGCUGCGGUUUAUCAUUUCGGCUUCCCUGUCGAGAGUAGACUUGUUUGGGGACUCUGGGGGUCAUAUUUUCCCAUCAUUAUUCGAGCACUUUGUGCGUUGAUCUGGGGAGGUGUUACCAUUGCAACAGGUGGAUAUUUUACAUCUGUUCUGCUCCGAUGCAUUUUCGGUGACUCAUAUUGGAACUUGCCGAACCAUAUUCCCCAAAGCUCGCACAUUACAGUGCAACAACUCAUAGGAAUCAUUGUGUACUGGUUUAUGACCUGCUGGACACUUUCUAUACCGAUUCCGAAACUCCGUCGAGCUUAUGAGAUCCAGAUGCUCCUCACACCACCCACAAUUAUUGGGCUAUUUAUCUUUUGUGUGGUGACCGGGCGAGGACAUGCACACAAAGCAUUAUACGAGGUCGAACCUAAACAUGGUGCAGCACUUUCAUGGGCAUUGUUAACUGCAGUCAAUUCAGGCCUGGCCAAGACAACCACUCUCAUGGUCAACCAGCCUGAUAUUGCACGCUAUGCCCGUAACAAGGUGGCUCCUAUCUGGUCUCAGCUCAUCAUGUUUCCAGCUGCUAGUACUGCCUGCGCUGCCUUGGGCAUUUACGCCACGCAGGCUAUCUUCAAUGCAUGGGGAAACAUUGAUUGGAAUCCAUGGGAUUUGAAUCACGAUAUGCUUGAUCACAAUUUCAGCCAUGGCCGUAGAGCUGGAAUCGCUAUCAUCAAUCUCGUGUUUAUCUAUGGCAAUACGUUGAUUGAGCUAGGGGCCAACGUAAUUCCAUUCGGAGCUGAUUUUAUGGCACUGUUCCCACGAUGGCUCAAUAUCAGACGCGGCAUGUGGAUGUGCUAUAUCCUCGGAGUUUGUAUCUGCCCCUGGCAGAUCCUUGCCACCGCCACCGGCUUCCUUAAGUUCCUAAAUGGGUACAGCAUCUUCCUGGGAUCGUUUCUCGGAAUGGCGUUGACAGACUACAUCGUGGUUCGCAAGGGCAAUGUCUUCGUAAAAGACCUAUACCAAGCCGGUGGGAGGUACUGGUACUUCCACGGUGUAUCUUGGAGGGCGGUUGUGACCUGGAUCAUCUCAGUCAGCUUCAUGCUUCCAGGCUUUGCGCGAACCUUUGGCGCUGAGAUUGCGAAUGGGGAUGGUUGGAGUCAUCUUUAUGCCUUCAGUUGGUUCUACACCUGCACCGUUAGCAGCGUGGUGUAUUUCGCAUUGUCAUUUGUGGGCGACUUUGCCAAGGAGGAGAAGGCUAUGUCGUUUGAGCACCUAGCUGGCAGUGAGGUUCUCCUGGAAGCUCAAGCCGUUGAAGCACAGAGCGACUUUUCUGAAGUAGCCUUAUCUGUCGAACAGAAGGUCUGA